AUGUCAUCGUCAACAGCAUCAACCUCAUUUUCUAAAGCUACCCCAGCACAGCAAAACAAACCAUAUACCAAAAUAUUUUGGCCAAUAAGGUGUAUCGAUCAAAAAUCUGGUUAUCUAAUAGGUUUAAAUACACGUAGUUUUGUAGUGUGUGUUGUGGAUAUAGUAACCGAUGUACCAUUAAAAGAGUUGGAGAUUAUUUUAAAUAAAAUGUCUUUCGAUCGUAGGAUGUUAAAUUGCCCAUUAGGAUACUCACCCAAGAUUUUGGGUGAGUGGAUUGGUAAAGAUAAAACAGUUAUUCCUUCACCACCAAAUAAUUUGCACGAGCUAGAUAUUUGGAUAUCAAUGGAAAGAACUGAAUCUGGAGAUCCAUAUUUACGUAAAAUAUAUUGUAAUGAAUACAAAAUUCAAACGUCAUCACAAAUCGUAUUGUAUGAUGACACACCACCAUACUACUAUACAUCAAUACCAAUUAAAUUCGAAUCAAUGUUAUCACUUGUUUCAAAAACUACAAAUAAUAAUCAAUCAAAUAAGCUAUUGAAAUCCAAUAACUCUGUUUUUUCACCAUCCUCAUCUUCAACUGCACCAUCCUCACCAACAUCAAAAAAGCAUCAAAUUGGCUCUGAAUUAGAAUCAACAUUUAAACAAAUCAAUUGUUCACAUGACAUUAAAACAAUACUACAUGAGGCUAUUCAAAAACAUUUCCAAUAUAAACAAAGAAUAGAACAACAAAAGAAGAAAGAGGAGCAACAAAAGCAAAAAUUAGAUCAAAAAAAUGACUCACAGUCAGAUACCGAUAGUGAAAAUCAAUCAUUCUUUUCUAAAACCUUAUUCACUUUAAGAUUUAGAAAAAACAGUAGAAAACAACAAGAUAAUACUCAAUCAUUAAUUCAACAAUCAUCAAAACCAAAUGAUAGUAAUAAUAGUAAUAGCACAAAUAAUAGCAAUGGUGAUAAUAAAAAGUCAAUUAAAGAUAUAUUAUUAAGUCCAUUAUAUUUCUUUAUAUGGUUUGUUCAAGUAUUUUCAAGAUUAAUAGAAAAGAUAUUGUAUAUACCGGCACCACUUUAUAAGGGAGGACGAUUAAAAGAUAUGACAACACUAGGUACUCAUUUAGAUAAUAGAAUCUUUCAAGUUAAACAGCUCUCAAAACAGUGGAACCAUUUAAAAAAGAAAACCUAUUGGAUAAACAAUAAUGAUGACAGAUCAUCCUAUAUAGAAUUUCAUAAUAGUGCAUGGUUAAUAUUUAAUGAUAUAUUACUAGGUAUCGCAGCAGGAUUAUUAUUAAAUUUCUUUAGUGACCGUGUUUUGUUUUUAAUUGGAAAGUUAAACUUUUUUUUAAAUAAUGAUUUAUUAAAGUCUUUAAUUUUAUGGUUAAUGGGAUGGCCAGGUGGUUUCAAAUUAAAUGAAAAUUUAGAUAAAUUCUUUGGUAGAUUAGUAUUGUAUUAUAUUGAUAAAUGGAAUUUGAUAACAGCAGCAAUUUCACCUCAUGGUCAAUUGUUUUUACAAAUCAUUUGUUUAAGUGGUAUUAUGGGCUUAUCAUUUUUAAUUAGUGUUGUAAUUGACUUAUUUUAUAUUUUCACAUUACAUAUUUCAGUAUUUUAUAGUGUAUCAGCAAGAUUUUAUUUAUUACAACUAUUACUGCUAAAUUCAUUGUGGAACUUGUUUAGAGGUGUUAAAUUUAAUCCUCUUAGGAAAAGAAUUGAUCAUUGCGAUUUCGAUGUAUAUCAAUUAUUAUUGGGUACAUUGUUGUUCACUUUAAUCUUUUUCUUGUUCCCAACUACUGCUAUUUAUUACUUAUUCUUUGCCGUAUUCAAAGCUGGUGUUAGCAUUGUAAAGGGAAUUUUUGCACUACUAUUACACUUUUUAAAUACUUUCCCAUUAUUCAAUUUGCUAAUAUUUUCAAUUGAUAAAAGAUAUUUACCAGGUGGUGUUAUUUUCGAAUAUAAAAAGAAGGAUAUGGAUAAUUUUAAAAAUAACCCAAAUAUUAUUGUCGACUCUAUUGAUCAACAGCAACAACAGGAUAAGGAUAAACAACAACAACAACAACAGGUUGACCAACAAUUAAAUAACGAUGGUAGUGGUAGUUUAAUUAACUCUCCAUCAACAACCAAUACAAAUAAUAGUUCAUCAACAUCAAUUUCAUCACCAGUUAUUAUUCAACACUCUAGAAAUUUAAGUGGUACUUUAAUUGGCAGCACUGGCGGUGGUGUUGUCUCAAAUUCAACUAAUAUAUCAACAUUAGGAUCAUACCACAAGAGAAACCUCAGUCAAUCAUCAACCUCACCAAUAACCAGAAUAUCCGCUCAAUUAUCUUUAGAGAUCACUUAUUUUACCAUUAAAAUAAAACCAACAAAUUUAUCAACUUUCUUUUUACCAACAAUCCACUUAAUUCAAAAUACAAUUAAAACUUAUCAUCCAUCGAAAUUAUCGAAAUGUUUCUUUAUGGGUAAACCAUUAAAUAAAAUUUCAUAA